GGAUGUGGUAGGCUCGGGAAAAAUUCUUUGGAGAGGAUUCUGGAAUGGUCCAUAUAUGCUUUCUGGAGAGGCAAGAGGGAGAAGAGAUCCCCUUGGAUCCACCAACAAAGAACCAUGAACUGGAGAAUGAGGACUCUCGUGAUUACAUUGGACCCGCCCAUCCAAUCCAAGAUAUUCUCCCUGUUUUAAGACACCACUGGUUCCUAAAUCAGGGCCUUUUUUGGCAUGGUGGUGGGAAGGCCCUCAGUGAUGGAUACCAGAUUGCUUCUCCACUUCCAGAACACCGCUGCAGUGAACACCCUGGCACCAUAUUUCGUAAAGGCCCACCCUCCUGGGAGGCUGGUGUAAAGCUCGGCAAGCCCACACGGGGGCGCCCAGAACACACAGUCUAGGGAGAACUACAACUACAUUUACCAGCAUCCCGCGCGCCGCGGACUUACUUCCGGAGCCCGCGGACGACAUGGCGGCGCCCGAGGAGCACGAUUCCCCAACUGAAGCGCCCCAGCCGGCUGUGGGGGAGGAGGAAACUAAAACAUUUAAAGACCUGGGUGUGACAGAUGUGUUGUGUGAAGCUUGUGACCAGUUGGGAUGGACAAAACCCACCAAGAUCCAGAUUGAAGCUAUUCCUUUGGCCUUACAAGGUCGUGAUAUCAUUGGGUUGGCGGAAACUGGCUCUGGAAAAACAGGGGCCUUUGCUUUGCCCAUUCUGAAUGCGCUGCUGGAGACGCCCCAGCGUUUGUUUGCCUUAGUUCUCACCCCCACCCGGGAGCUGGCCUUUCAGAUUUCAGAACAGUUUGAAGCCCUGGGGUCUUCUAUUGGAGUACAGAGUGCUGUGAUUGUAGGUGGAAUUGAUUCAAUGUCCCAGUCUCUGGCCCUGGCAAAAAAACCACAUAUAGUAAUAGCAACUCCUGGUCGAUUGAUUGACCACUUGGAAAAUACAAAAGGUUUCAAUUUAAGAGCUCUCAAAUACUUGGUCAUGGAUGAAGCAGACCGAAUAUUGAAUAUGGAUUUUGAGACAGAGGUUGACAAGAUCCUUAAAGUGAUUCCCCGAGAUCGGAAAACAUUACUCUUCUCUGCUACCAUGACCAAGAAGGUACAAAAACUUCAGCGAGCGGCGCUGAAGAAUCCUGUGAAAUGUGCUGUUUCCUCUAAAUACCAGACGGUUGAGAAAUUACAACAAUAUUAUCUUUUUAUUCCCUCUAAAUUCAAGGAUACUUACCUGGUUUAUAUUCUAAAUGAGUUGGCUGGAAACUCCUUUAUGAUAUUCUGCAGCACCUGUAAUAAUACUCAGAGAACAGCUUUGCUACUCCGAAAUCUUGGAUUCACUGCCAUCCCCCUCCAUGGACAGAUGAGUCAGAGUAAGCGCCUAGGAUCCCUUAAUAAGUUUAAGGCAAAGGCUCGUUCAAUUCUUCUAGCAACUGAUGUUGCAAGCCGAGGUUUGGACAUACCUCACGUGGAUGUAGUUGUCAACUUUGACAUUCCUACCCAUUCCAAGGAUUACAUCCAUCGAGUAGGUCGAACAGCUCGAGCCGGGCGCUCUGGAAAGGCUAUUACCUUUGUCACACAAUACGAUGUGGAACUCUUCCAGCGCAUAGAACACUUAAUUGGGAAGAAACUGCCUGUCUUUCCAACAGAGGAUGAUGAGGUUAUGAUGCUGACAGAACGUGUGACUGAAGCCCAAAGAUUUGCUCGAAUGGAGUUAAGGGAGCACGGUGAAAAGAAGAAACGUACACGGGAGGAUGCUGGGGACAAUGACGAUACAGAGGGUGCUAUUGGUGUCAGGAACAAGGUGGCUGGAGGAAAAAUGAAGAAACGGAAAGGCCAUUAAUCUCAUUUAUAAAGACUUGAUUUAUGCUUUCUGUUCUGUUAAAGUCCUUUUGAAGAAAAGAAAGAAACCUCCAACAGAGUCCUUCAGACCAAGAUGUCAGAAUUACAUUCAGAACCUGCUCAGCUAAUUCAGUACUUAUUCCCCUUUCUAUGUGUUGGAGUAUCAUUACUGCAGAAUGUUUUUUACAGUGCUGAUGAGAAGAUUAUUUCUGUUCAACUUUGAUUUCUUGCUCAUGACAUGAGUAGGAUGUGUUCUAUUACUUCACACAGACAUUUCAUUUUUUUCAGCUGCAAGUCAAGGACUAGGUUGAUGAAGCACUUGACCUGUAAUUGUAAAGGAAAGAAGCUUCUACAUGUAUAAAAUGGUGAUACUUAAGCAGUCUCAGCUUGUGCUUCAUUAGACCUAAUAUGAAAUAAUAAAUUUAAACAUCAUUUUUAAAAGA